CAAUUUUUCCAGCUGGCGAAACUUAGAAAACUUGGCCUGAGUGACAAUGAGAUCCACACAAUUCCAUCUGAAAUAGCCAACUUAAUGCAGCUGGUAGAACUGGAUGUCUCUCGAAAUGAUAUUUUGGGCAUUCCAGAGAGCAUUUCAAACUGCAAAGCUCUCCAAGUGGCUGAUUUCAGUGGAAAUCCAUUAACAAAGUUACCUGAAAGCUUCACGGAGCUGAGGAAUUUAACCUGCCUUUCCAUCAAUGACAUUUCAUUGCAAGUGCUUCCAGAAAAUAUUGGAAACCUCACCAAUUUGGUAUCACUAGAACUCAGAGAAAAUAUAUUGCAAUUCCUACCAGAGUCAUUAUCACAGCUUCAUAAACUUGAAGAACUCGACCUAGGCAACAAUGAACUCUACUCUUUGCCUAACUCAAUAGGCCACCUUGUCAGUUUGAAGGACUUGUGGCUGGAUGGAAACCACUUGACAGAAAUACCUGCAGAACUGGACAACAUCAAAAGCCUGCUGUGUCUGGAUGUAUCAGAAAACAAACUGGAGAAACUUCCAGAGGAGAUGGGAGGCCUGGUGUCACUCACUGACCUGCUAGUAUCUCAGAACAACAUUGAUUCUCUACCAGAAAGCAUUGGAAAACUACGAAAACUUUCUAUACUGAAAGUUGAUCAGAAUCAACUGGCGUAUCUUCCAGAGAGCAUUGGCAACUGUGAAAGUCUUACUGAACUUGUGCUCACAGAGAACCAGCUACAGAGCUUGCCGAGGAGUAUUGGAAAGUUAAAGCGACUGUUUCACCUGAACUGUGACAGAAACCAGCUACUGUCGUUACCCAAGGAGAUUGGCGGCUGCAGUAGUCUGAAUGUCUUCUGCGUACGAGAGAACAGGCUGACGAGGAUACCGUCAGAGCUGUCGCAAGCCACAGAGCUGCACGUGCUCGACGUGUCUGGGAACCGGCUCACCCACCUACCGCUUUCUCUGACGACGCUACAGCUGAAGGCCUUAUGGCUGUCAGAAAACCAGUCGCAGCCGCUCCUCACCUUUCAGACUGAUCAGGACCCUAAGUCAGGCGAGAAGGUGCUUACCUGCGUGCUGCUCCCUCAACAGCCAAGUGAUGACAAAGGCUCUGAUAAUCUUGCUCGCUGCGGAGGUAUGGAGAGCCUGGUGAAUGACAUUGCUAACGAAACAUGGGACAACAACGCCGUGAACAGGACCAGCGUCAUUCACUUCGUAGAUGGAGAUGAUGUCGACGAUGACGACGAUCCGGGAACACUACUUCGGCGGGCCACGCCUCACCCCGACCAGCUGAAAAGUAUGAAGAGAGCAGCAGAGAACCUCCGCAACGACAUGAAUGCCGCCAAAGGGCUGGACUCCAACAAAAAUGAGGUCAAUAACGCUGCGGACAGCGUGACCACGUCUGUGUGACCUUUACUUCAGAAAUGUCUUUUACCUCCUGUGUCUCGCCGUGUUGUCCUGCACAACCCAGUUACCCCUUUUCUCCUUUACCUACAAACCCUGGUGUGGCCUACCCCUCCUGUGAUUAAACCCUAGGGCGCCUGUAACCUUACUCUAUCUCCAGUCCUGUGUAAAUCCCACUCAGUCUACCAGGGCUGCUGUGCCUUCAAUUUUUAAAAAAAUUAUUGUCCACAGGAAUUUUCUGCACAGAGAGACUCCUUUUAAAAGACAUUUUAGAGAUUUAUUACUUUUUUAAAUGGCUCAUUUUAAGAAUAUAAUUUAGGUAGUUGCACUAUUAUAAGUCUUUAUCAAUGUGGUCAAACCUUUUAAAUGUAUUAUUAUAUAUAUGUUCUAUAUAUUUUUUAAAACACUGGGUGAAUACUUCUUUUUACCUUUUGGGCAAACAAACCAGGAUUUUUUUUUUUUUUUGGACCUACUGAUUAAGGAUUAUUGUACAUACUCUUGUGAAUAUUGAUACUUUUAUACUUUUUGGCAGCUCAGAUGUAAAUAAAAUGUAUAGCAAAUUUCUUAAUCAUUUGCAAUUUCAAAACUUUUUUUCCCCUUUUGCAAACGUGGUACAUUUGUCUUUCUUUGUUUUUCUUGGUUUAAAUCAAAGCAAUGAACAAAACACAGUCACUUAUGUCUUAUUCAACCAAUAUAACUGUGAUCGGAUGAGUGGAUGGCCUUGGAUCCUCAUAUUAAUCUAUGAAACAUCUAGACCCAUAAUUUUGGAAAUAAAUAGAUUAAUUUAGUUUGGAUUUAAGUACUGCACACUAAAUUUGAAUUACGCAUCUGCAAUGUAACUAUGCAGAAGUAAAAAUGCUAUCUUAUUAUAAUAUGUGCUGUGCUUCACUGCUUUGCAAUCUUUUUCAAAUAGAUGCCAAAAACAGAUGUAUUUUUCUUUGUCUUUAACAAAGAGUACUGUCAAGAAUAAUCAUUGGAAGUUUGAGGUUUUUACCACAGUGUCGGCAUUCUUUACAAAUGUAGUUGAUAAAGUUCCUUUUCAAUACACUUUUCAGCUUUGCUCAAAUCCUGUUCUUGAGAUGGUACACGAUCAGCUGUAUCAUUUUGUUUUUAAACUGAAAAAAGUGGACCAGGGAAAUUGGUUCAAAUGUUGGUUUUAAUGUUUUUAGCUGUUUUCUGAUCAAACUGCACAAAACAGAUCUCAAAUAGGUGGUGAGCCUGGGGAUUUGGAUGACUUUCUAACCACUGAUCAAUAAAAUGAGUGCAACACUAAA